GUAGUUGUAGUAAUGGGGUGGUAGGAGACUGAACGUAGGUGUGUCACGCUAGUGGUUCGGCAAUAAUGCCGAUGAAGUACUGCCGCUUCGAUUGUUGUGUGUAUGAUCGUAUCUGCAAUGAAGCGUUAAGAGCCCCGUGUGUCAGUUCUAGAUAAUAUAAAUAGCUGCAUGUUCUGUAAAAUAUAGAUAUUCAUUCCGUUUAGUGUUGUAGUCCGAAACUGCUCAGUUUCUUGUUUUCCGCUAAUAUUUACCACUCUUUGCCGGUGCUUCCGAAUAAGCAACCAUGUGGAAUAUGAUGUGUGAUGUGAUGCCGACAAUUUCGGAGGACAGUAUCAGUCAGAGAAGUUCGCAAUUCUCUGGAGAAGAUGCGAACUUCGAACAGCUUAUGGUUUCAAUGUUGGAUGAACGGGACAAGCUUAUGGACAGUCUACGAGAAGCUCAAGAAAGGCUGUGUGAAACAGAAGCAAAACUUCAAGAAGUAGAAAAAGAGCGGGACUCUCUUCAGCGACAGAUCUCAGCAAACCUUCCUCAGGUGAGUUUCGUGUCAUAGUCGUCAAUGCUGGACCGACAACUGCUGUGAAGGCUGUAGGUUCAUUGAGGUGAGAGAGCACGCUGUCCGCCGAAGUAGCUGUUCACAACGAGGAGAAGGCUGUUCCCGUCAACCAAGUAAUGGCUGUCUAGUUCAAUAGGCAACAAGUAACGAGAAAAUGUCGAUGUGCCAUCGAUAGAAUGCACACGAAGAAGAACAAAACUGUAGUUAUAAAAUUUAGCAGUUCUUUAAUGCAAUAUUGACUGAAAAGAAGUUGAUUGUUUUAGACCAUUAGUUGUGUUUAUAAA